GUUUUUAAGCUCGUCGCAAUGAAACCACUGACUACUCUAAUAAUAGUUCUAGGGAUUCUAUCCUUCAAUUCAGGCUUUAUAAAUGCCACGUGUUCGCUUAAUUUGAAUAUCUUUCCACCGAAAAUUGUAUCGCGAUUUGGAUCGAAGAACUUGUUACGUCCUUUUGAACCUGUUGUAACUCGAGAAUUGAGUAGGACUGUUGAUCUUUACUGUGCUAAUGGAUUUACAAUGUCUAGUUAUCAUGUAUACCAAAUUACUGAUCCGCACCUACAACUGAUUUGUGAUCACAACGGUUUUACAAAAUACUUAGAAAGCCAUGGUAGUGAAGUCACUGUGGAAAGACUUGAGUGUGCGGACUCACAAUCGCUUGGGAUGUAUGAAAGUCGCACGGCAUUGCCCGAUUGUGAGGAUUUCAUGACUUUGGUGGUUGGAUUUGAUUUCGGAGAACUGGGAUCUCUAAAGAAUGUUGCCAUAUGCUAUGACAUUGUUAAGCAGCAGUUGAAAUAUAUAAGUUAUACGGCGUAUCCCACGAAUCUGAUUGAAAAGACUCAGGAGGGUCAGUUGGAUCGAUUGGGUCUUGACGUUGGCGUUACCUAUUCAAAUAGUAUGUUCAAGCAGAUCAGUACCUUGGACAUCACCAACGGAUUUAGUAAGGAUAAACAAUUGAAGCUACUCUUUGGAGAGGAGACCUUCGAGUAUCAGAAUCUAAUACAGGACAUGACCUUUAAAAGUGAUCUAUCCACCUUUGAGAAUAUGCUUAGCAUUGUCUGGCUUCGCGCUCUUCGCAACGGCAACUGGAAGCACCUGCUGAAUGCUCUUCAAAAGGCCAAUCUGAAUGGCAAAUAUGAUGUUCGUGUCGGUGUCUCUGGCGUAGUCAGUCUUCCAAUGCUGCAGAAUUGCAAUGAGACCCGCCAGUUGACCAUCGAUUUGGAGAAUGGCGAUACCGUCUCAGUGCCAGCUCACAUUUGGGCUCACAUUCGAGCCCUGCAACCGUCAUUAAACGGCACCGAUGAAUUUGUUGUGGUUGCCCACAACUCACCCUUCAUUACCAACAAUGAGCGAUUGGGCUUAUGCAGCAGCAUCUGCGAGCAGGUUGAUUGGCUUAAGGAUACCCUCUUUAGCAAACUUCAGCACUAUCCCGUCUAUGGUAUUAUCCAAUGUUGUCGCCUCUCAGAUGUCGAGGAUAAGCUAGAUAAUUUUCCCACAUCUGCUGAUAUAAUUCGAUCUGUCGGAUAAAACAUAGUAUCAUAUUUUUUAAAUUAAUAAACUACAGUGGGCUCAUAAAAA